AUGACUGAUGUACAGCUGGACAGUAACCAGAGAUUCUCAUUACUCUUCUUUCCUGGAAAUGGAUCGGCUAGCACCUUCUUAAUGGCAGGGAAAGGUGAGGAAAUGGCCCAUCAUCUAAGCCGUGGGAGGCCAUCAAAUAUCCGCCGUCCGACUACAUAUCCAUGUACUGUCGUCAACCCUGGAAACUCGCAGAAAGUGAAGGUCCAACCUCUCAUUGGAACAUCCGACGAUGGUGUAUAUCUGAAUCCUGCUGAUAUCCACAAGUUGGGCCUCGGCGAUACAGGACAGACAAUUGUCACUCGCCAUGGCCCAUGUAAAGUAUAUUCCGGUGUAUCAUUCUUUUUGAGAAAGAUCACAAUGGCGGUACAAUUCGCUACCACGUACCACAUAUACUUCGCCUGGCGGGAGACGCCAUUUACUCCGAUACAACCUCCAACACAAGGAAAGAAGGAGUCAUAGGACUACCACGGAUUUACAACCACCUUAUCUUCAUACACCUUAUGCACGUCCAUCUCAUCAACCUCUCCAUCGUCCCUUCUCUACAAAGAUAUCUCACACGCAUGAUCCCCCUCACAGCCAUCAAUUUUGAUAGAAACAUCCGUGCAUAUCCAUCCCCACCCGGAACUUGCAUCGCCGCCGACUUGUUAAGAAUCAGGGUAUUUGAGCUAAUACACGA